AGGCUGGCCGCGAGCAUCGAGCAUCGGGCGCAGAGCCUCGCCCGAAGCAACCUCGACGGCGAGCCUCCGGGACGCCCCCCGACACUCGCCGCCAUGCCACUGGCCGCGGCGGGGGCCCUCCUCGCCGUGGCGGCCGCCGCGGGCGCGUGGGCGCACUGCCCUCUGGCAGUGUACGAGGACUGCGAGUUCGAGGUAGCCCCAGGAUCCCCGCAGUGCGACCUGCAGCAGCACCUGGACGUGAGCCACUGCGAGACCUACAGGCUUGGGGACGGCGCGAAGCUGUCCGUCGCGUCCCUGACGCCGCCCCGGGGGAGCAUUGUCCUCGGGAAGUCCGCGCAGCUGCGCCUGCAGGGGGGGUUGGAGUGCACAUGCUCGAUCUUGCAGGGACCGCGUUCUAUCAUUGA